AUGGGCCUCACUCACCCCAUCGACCCUCCUCCUGCUGAGAUUGAUCUCUCGAGUUUGAAUGCUCGAGAUAGGAGAAGGAUCAGAGAAGCAGACAAGAAGGUCAAAGACCAGAUUUCCUUGAUUGGAAGAGACAUGAAAAUUACAUCUUCCGCCGGGGAUGACAAGAUCUGCCAGAAAACUCUUCUAGUUGACGACGGAUCUCUUGAAGGUUCAAAGUCAAUGGCGGUCACCAUAAACAAUGCUCCUUCCUCUACCCCAGCAGCUGACAACAUGGUCGCUGCCACUGCUGCAGAAGGAGGUAGAAAUCCCGAUUCAGGAAUUGUUUUUAGAAAGUCGCUGAGUUCAGGGAUGCUACCCCCUAGGCGUCCUAGAGGUAAUACCUCUAGAGCUCGAUCAUCUCCGAGCUCGGGACUCGUUGCCAGAGUUUCAUCUCCAUCAGAUAAAGAGAAGAUUGGAAACAUCUUUAGAUGUUUCCACACUCGCUCUGGGAAGAAACUUCCGUCCUUUGGGCACUGGAGGGAUGACAUCAAGAAGAUGUAUAUCAGUCAUUCAUUCCACUCCUCUCAGGCAACCCUGGAUGUGAACAGCAUCAUCAACCAUUACGAAGAGGAGCUUACCAAAGUUUCCAAGAGAGCUGCUAUUGCCGAAGGAGAGAUUGAGAAACUCCAAUCUUCCAACCAGCUUGCGAAGGAGACGAUUGGUCUCGACUCGGCUCGUCAGAAAGAAAUCGAGCAACUCGAAAGAUCUAGCGAGGAGACAAGGAAGAUUUUGACUGAGACAGAGCAAAAGCUGAAAACUGCCCUUGCUGAUCAUAACUUCGCAAAGGGCGAGAUCGAGCUUCUGAGAUCAGAGCUUAGCAAGGUCAAAACAGCUGCUGAGGAGCUCAAACGUAAAAAUGAAUCUCUUUCCGAACUGAAAGAGCGAGAUGAAUUUAUCACUGCUGAUAAAGCUUGGAACAAACUUAACUCCGAACGUGAUGAGAUGAAGAGCAAUCUCGAUCUGAUCAAGGAGAUAGAAGAAGGAGAAAUUAAUUUGGCUGAAGAAAAGGAGACGGUUGGCGCUGAGCUCGCUGAGACUGAAGCUAAGCUAGCUACUGCUCUUCAGCCAUAUUUAGAUUUGCAGCAAUUUGCUUCUUAG